ACUUUAUGCAGAGUUAACCCCCCUUUGUUUAUAAAUCUUCCAACUGCACGUGUAGAAAACAUUUCUGGAAAUUGGGCAAUAUAAUAUCCGAAUUUUACCUAUUUAUUUUAUGAUAUCGUUGCUAUAAUAUGAAGCGAAACACACCACAACAAGUAUCCAGUUUACAGCAGACCCUACCCAAUGUGCGCAACAUCUGUAUACUAGCUCAUGUAGACCAUGGAAAGACAACAUUGGCUGAUGCCCUGGUUGCUAGCAAUGGAAUUAUAUCCCAGAGAAUGGCUGGAAAGAUGAGAUAUAUGGACAGUAGAGAAGAUGAACAAAUAAGAGGAAUAACAAUGAAAUCUAGUGCUAUCUCUCUUCUUUAUAACAACGAUGAUAAAGAUUACUUGAUCAAUUUGAUAGAUUCCCCAGGACAUGUUGAUUUCUCUAGUGAGGUAUCAACUGCUGUUAGACUGUGUGAUGGAGCUUUGUUAAUGGUAGAUGUAGUUGAAGGCGUUUGUCCACAGACCCAUGCUGUUCUACGUCAGGCUUGGUUAGAAAAUAUAAAACCAGUGCUAGUCCUUAAUAAGAUAGAUCGUUUAAUCACAGAAUUAAAAUUCUCUUCAACAGAAGCUUAUAUUCAUCUGCAACAGAUAUUGGAACAGGUGAAUUUAUUAACAAAUGAACUAUAUACAUCAGAAGCUAUGGGGAAAACAUCAGCUGUUGCAGAUGAGUGGUCAGAGUCCAUAAGUGGAGAUGCUCAGUCAUAUGAUUGGACAAAAUUAGAAGAUGAAGAAGAAGAUAAGAAUAUAUUUUUUUCACCUGAUAGAGGAAAUGUUAUCUUUGCCAGUGCUCUAGAUAGCUGGGGUUUUACUAUAUCACAUUUUGCUGAAAUGUACAGUAAAAAACUAGGUUUUAGUAAAAAUGUUUUAACUAAGACCAUUUGGGGUGAUUAUUAUGUCAAUAUGAAGACGAAAUCUAUACAGAAAGGUGCACAAUUUAAAGGAAAGAAACCAUUAUUUGUGCAGCUGGUAUUAGAUAAUAUAUGGUCUGUAUAUGAUGCUAUAUUUAUAAAAAGAGAUAAAGAUAUGAUAGAAAAAAUCCAAAAAACUCUGUCGUUAAAAAUAGCGCCUAGAGAUGCUUGUCAUAAUGAUGCUCGAGUACAGUUACAGGCCCAUACUAGCCAGUGGUUACCUAUUUCAAAAGCUGUUUUAUCUAUUGUUUGUGAUAUUCUCCCUUCGCCAUUACAAAUCAGUGAAGAAAGAACAGAAAAACUCAUGUGUAAUCAGGCUCAAAGAUUUGAUUCUCUACCCAAAGAAACACAGGCGUUAAAAUCAGAUUUUCUAGCCUGUAAUUGUGGUGAUGAUUCUCCAGUUAUUGUUUUUGUAUCUAAAAUGUUUCCUGUUGAUAGAAAAAUCUUACCACAGAAUAGACAAAGACCACUGACAAAAGAGGAACUUCAAGCCAGAAGAGAAAAAGCUGUACAAAGACAUGCUGAGAGAAUGAGUAAAUUAAAACUUGACGAGGAAAGUAUAAAUGGUACACCUAUACAAGAUGUUAAUGAUACAGGUCAAGAAGAAGAACAUAAUGAUGAUGACCAAGUUUUUAUAGCGUUUGCUAGAAUAUAUAGUGGUACAAUAAAACGUGGACAAACAUUAUAUAUAUUAGGUCCUAAACAUAAUCCAGCUACAGCUUCAUAUGACAUUGAUCCUGCUUUAAGUCUGAAAGAUCUAUCAUCUAAUCAACAUAUUACAUCAUUUACUGUUAAUAAUUUAUAUCUAUUUAUGGGAAGAGAAUUAGAGUUAAUGGAAGAAAUACCAGCUGGAAAUAUAUUAGGUAUAGGAGGUUUAGAAGAUCAUAUAUUAAAAUCAGCAACAAUAUCAUCUACUAUAUAUUGUCCAGCAUUUACAAGUAUGUACUUUGAUGCUCUACCAAUAGUUAGAGUUGCUAUAGAACCAAAACAAGCAAGUAAUAUGAAAGCUGUGACAGAUGGAUUAAAGUUAUUAAAUCAAGCUGACCCUUGUGUUAUAGUUAGUGUACAGGAAACGGGUGAACAUGUUAUAAUAACAGCUGGUGAAGUACAUUUACAAAGAUGUAUUGAUGAUCUACAAGAAAGAUACGCAAAAGUAGAAGUUUCAGUAUCUAAACCCAUUGUACCAUUUCGGGAGACUGUAACCCUUCCUCCUAAAGUAGACAUGGUUAAUGAGGCUAUUAUUGACCAAAAUCAACCAACAAAAUCAAAUCGCUUGAAACAGUUCGAAGAUGAUGAUGAAGUGAAAGGGGAAGGAAUCGUUGAAAUAUUUACGCCUGAUAAAACUUGUCUUAUUCGUAUUCAUUGUGUUCCUCUGCCUAAAGCAAUAACAGAACUUCUAGUUGAACAUUCAGAUCUUUUAAAGGCUUUACAUAAAACAAGUAAAACAGACGAUACAGAAAAUGUCUUAAACUCGACUGCUGUUCAAAAUCUCAUUGAUUUUAAAUCAAAAAUAGAAAAUAGUUUUAAUCAAGAACACAAAUCGUGGAAAGGUGCAUGUAAUCAAAUAUGGUCAUUUGGUCCGAAGAAAACUGGUCCAAAUAUAUUACUCAACCGAAUACCAGAUUAUAACCGGCCAUCUGUAUGGAGCUGUUUAGAUCCAGCGACCAAUUCUCAGACAACAUUUCAAGAUUUAGACAGUUGCAUUAUCAAUGGAUUUCAAAUGGCUACAUUUGCAGGUCCAAUGUGUGAGGAACCUAUGCAUGGUGUUUGUUUUAUAAUAGAAAAAUGGGAAUAUUUAAACUCAACAUCAAACAGACAAGUAGACGAUAGAUGUGAAUCAAGUGCAGCCAUUCCUAGAAAGAGAGAAGUAUAUGGUCCAUUGUCCGGUCAGAUUAUGUCUAUAGUGAAAGAUGGAUGUAGAAAAUCAUUUGAAACACAGCCUCAAAGAUUGGUUGCUGCUAUGUAUAAAUGUGAGAUACAGGCUACAGCUGAUGUUUUAGGUAAAUUAUAUGAGGUAUUGGGUAAAAGAAAUGGACGUGUACUAUCAGAAGAAAUGAAAGAAGGAACUCAGUUAUUUAUUGUAGAAGCUACUCUACCAGUUGUUGAAAGUUUUGGUUUUGCUGAUAUUAUGAGAAAAAGAACUAGUGGCCUUGCUAGUCCUCAACUUAAAUUUAGUCAUUGGGAGAUAAUCGAUGUGGACCCAUACUGGGUGCCUACCACAGAAGAAGAAUAUCUGCAUUUUGGAGAAAAGGCUGACUCACAAAACUGUGCUUUGACUUACAUGAAUAAUGUGAGAAAACGUAAAGGUUUGAAAGUUGAAGAAAAAAUGGUUGAACAUGGAGAAAAACAAAGAACUUUAACAAGAAAUAAAUAACAACAUAUUUUCAAAUUUGCUGUUAUUUGAGUAAAAAUAAGUACUUUCAUCAGAAAGAAAAUAGUUGACUGUUUGACAAUAAAUAGUCCAAGUGGCAUGCACAGCCAGAAAGGAA